AAUCAACGCUAGCAACGCUGUACCUCCCAGUGGAAACCAACAUGGCAUCUCUGUGCAGCCGAAAAGUUCCCCUUGUGACCAGCGCCGUCUGGAGAUGUUCAAGGCCUCUUUCCACUGCGAACAUGUUGUCUUGCUACAAGCAAGUCCAUCCUCCAGAACCUGGCCCUACCUUUAGGGAAAACAUUGAUGUCGUGUCGAAGCGUCUAUUCCUCACUGAGCUCUUUAGAGGUCUGGCAGUGGUGACAGGCACGAUGUUCAAAGAGCCAGCCACCAUCAACUAUCCCUUUGAGAAAGGUCCCCUGAGUCCCCGCUUUAGAGGGGAGCAUGCCCUGCGUCGUUACCCAUCGGGAGAGGAGCGUUGCAUCGCCUGCAAGUUGUGCGAGGCCAUCUGCCCCGCACAGGCCAUCACCAUCGAGGCAGAGGAGCGUGAAGAUGGAAGCCGACGAACAACCCGUUACGACAUCGACAUGACGAAGUGCAUCUACUGCGGUUUCUGCCAGGAGGCCUGUCCUGUGGAUGCCAUCGUUGAAGGCCCCAACUUUGAGUACACCACGGAAACGCACGAGGAGCUUUUGUACAACAAGGAGAAACUUCUAAGCAACGGUGACAAGUGGGAGCCCGAGCUUGCUGCUAACAUUCAAGCAGACUACUUGUACCGAUAGAGAGCUGUUUCCUGCCUGCACCGCUGUUUCUUGUGAGCUGCUCUGGAAGUCAUCCAAAGCCCUUCUCCCUGUAGGAAUGUAAAUAAUUGGAGGCCUAAUAAAUUGUUGGGCUUCCUUGU